AUGAAGGUUCUCCUAUGGAAUUGUCGUGGUGCGGGGAAGCCCUCCUUUGCCCCGGCUUUUCGAAGGUUUGUGCAACAGAAUAGGCCGGAUAUCUAUAUUUUGUUUGAGACCCGUUUAUCGAGCAGGGGUCUUCAGAAGGCAAGGAGGGUGCUUUCUCGGGCGUGGGGUUUCUAUGCAGUUGAGUCCCGUGGGCUGUCGGGUGGGAUAAUUGUUACGUGGAGGCUGGAGUCCUGUAGAUUGGAUACUUUUCAUGUCUGUGCCCAAAAGGUGAUUAUGGUGAUCUCGGAGGGCACAAAUGAUCCCCGGGUUCUUGCGGCGGUGUAUGCAAGUACUGAUUUCAGGCAGAGACGACGGUUGUGGGAGGAGGCAUCGCAGUUGGUUGAUCGGGGCUACCCGUUAUUGAUGGCGGGUGACUUUAAUUGUAUUGUUGACCCUCAGGAGAAGAUGGGGGGUAAGCCUUUUUCCCAUGAGAGGAAGGUUAAGGAAUUUCAGAACUUUUUGACCGCAAAUGGUUUGAUUGACUUGGGAUUCUCGGGUCCCAGAUUCACAUGGUGCAAUAAUCAACAGGGUCCGGUUAGAGUGUGGGAGAGACUUGAUAGAGCUUGUGCGACAGCUGGAUGGGUCCAGAGAUUUUCGGAUCAUCGUGUGUCACAUUUACCCAGGAUUGCGUCCGAUCAUUGUCCUUUGUUGUUGAGCACUGAUGCCUUUGUUCCGGUGCAUCCCCCAUUCAGAUUCGAGAAGAUGUGGCUUUCUUACCCUUGUUCAUGGGAGAUGGUGAGGGAGGCAUGGAGCAUUCCAGUGAGGGGUGAUGCCAUGUAUCGGGUGUCCCGGAGAUUGGAGUUGGCGAGGAGGAGGUUGAGGAGAUGGAAUCGAGAGGAGGUGGGUGAUAUCUUUAGGAGGAUUGAGGAGUCAGAGGUGGCCAUUGUUAGAUUACAGGAUCAGGAGGCUCAAGGGGGGUCUGUCAGAUGA